UAUGAUGCUGCUUAUAGUUCCUCGUUGACGGCCCUCCGUGAUAACUCCGCUUAAAUCAUUAAAGGGGUUAGGGGUUGUACAUCCGCAAUGAGCGCGUUUAUAGAUUGACUUGUAAGUUAAUCGACGAAUAAAUUCUCCUGGUUUUAUCUUGCUCGCUAAUUCUUCAUUUUCCCCCGCUGGUGUAUAUGUCGCGCCGGUGAAGCCAAGUCUUUAUUGAAGUCUAUUACAAACUCAAAUCGCCGAGACGCGUGUUCUUAAUCUAGAGCACAUAACCCAUAAAUUAUAUCUAGAGCGUGGCUCUCUGGGACUGUAUGGCUUCGGAUUCGCCAUCGCUAGCCACUUUUACUCUCUUUCCCUUACUACCACCCGAGCUGCGCAUGAAAAUUUGGCGGGAGGCGUUUCAACCCCGCGUGGUAGAGAUACAUCCGCAGAGGGACGCGGACGACAGCUAUGCGCAACCAAAAUGGGUAUCGAACAGCGAUAACCCCGCCGUCACGUCCGUAUGCUUCGAAUCUCGUGCCUUAGCGCUCGAGCACUUCACGGUUCUCUUACCCGUGUACAAGCCGCAGCUCGGGAUUCCUGUGCCUCGGUGUCUGUACUUCUCGCCCGCUUCCGAUAUGCUCGCUAUCAUAGGCCAGGUCCGCUUCCCGUGGCUAUCGGAGAUCUUCCAGACCGUUCGGCAGCUAGACCGGACCAACCGCGGGCUGCGGCGCGUGGGGAUGAGCUUGAGCUGCUGGCCGUACAACUACAAGUUCACGGCCUUGAAGAUUUGGGAGAGACCUUUGUUUGUCGGGCUGGAUGACCUGGUGCUUAUCAUGUACAACGACCAGAGGCCGCCUGAUACUUUCCGGCGCGGCGAGGCUGGGCUAGAGCCGGUUCAAAAUACGGAUUCGCUUGCUAGCAUCCUCAGGGCCAAUCUACGGGCCAUUUCCAAUGUCGGCAAUUUCUGCAUUAUGAAUCUGACAUUUCACUCUAGCUGAGCUCUGCAUCGCGAUAUCGAUUGGGUUCCUCCGAGACUCCUUGUUUGGAUG